UCCGUACAGAGGCUUUGCCUGUCUGUUCUGUCCACACAGAGACACAGUCAUUUCAUGUUUUAGUGAGCCUUUGAUAAAUUAAAGAUGGUUCUUGGUUCUUCUCGGAAGGAUGACAUGGAAGUAGUUUUCUACAAGAGUGGAGACAAUGACUACGACACAGAGAAAACAGAUGCUGCUGCCAUGAGGCACCCAACAGCACACUACAAAGGAGGAGCCACUGCAUGGAGCAGGUGUUACAGAGUGAUUGCAGUGUGUGUGGUGCUGCUGUGUGUUGCUGUUACGGUGCUGGGGAUCAAAUACAACAACCUGAAGACAGAGAAAGACCAAUUACAGACCAGUUACAACAAUCUGACUAUAAAGACAAAACAGCUACAGACCAGUUACAACAAUCUGACUAUAGAGAAAAACCAGUUACAGACCAGUUACAACAACCUGACUAUAGAGAAAGAUAAGUUACAGUCCAGCUACAAUGCCCUGACUGUAGAAAGUGACAAGUUACAGACCAGCUACAACAACCUGUCUGUACAGGGAGACCAGUUAAGGUCCAAGUGCUCCCUGAGUAGAGAUAGACACCAGACAGUAUGGGAGAGAGUUGGAUACCAGAGGCCAUUUAGUAGAUUGUUUAGAGGAGGGAGGUGUUUCAACUCCAGCUCCAGUCUGUAUUUCAUGUCUCUUGGACGCAAGACCUGGAAUGACAGCAGACAGUAUUGCAGAGACAAUGGGGCAGACCUGGUGAUCAUAAACAGCAAAGAGGAACAGGAGUUCAUUGGUAAAAAGCUGGGAAUGUCUGAUUUUUGGAUUGGUCUGAGUGAAAGACGUAUAGACGGACAGUGGAAAUGGGUGGACGGUACACCACUGACCACUGCGUUCUGGGAUGAAGGAGAACCGAAUGAUGACAAAAGAGAUGAGGACUGCGUUGAGAUUUAUAGUCAUUUUAAAGGAAAUGGCUGGAACGACAAUAGCUGCUCUUUUGAACAACACUGGAUCUGUGAGCAAAGUCUUACAGUCAUGUAAAUAAAUCAUUUUAUAGUGAAAAGCGAUUAUACAAGUUGAGUCAAACGUAUACAGUAUUAAAGGGAAAUAAUGUAUCAGUGUUUUGUUAUUUUGUCAGAGUGAACUCAGUAAUCAGACAGUGACCCAAAGUGCACAGAGGCUGUUCAUGUCUUUUACUGUAACUCAUUACAGCUGUGUAGAUCUGUGAUGAUGAAAGCAGUAGCAUUGAGAUGGUUGUACUGUAGGUAAGAGUCCAUCUCAGUGUCUCUGUGUUAAAUCAGCAGAAGCCUGAGCUCAAGGUAUACUUCGAAACGAGUCACUGAUGGAGUGGAGAUUUUGUUACUGAGAAAGGACAUGCAUUUUCAUUUACUGUAUUAGUGGUUACAUAAUGGCUCUUAAACACUUUAUUUCCUGUUAUCACUCACAUUAUAGCUUUGAAUGAACAGUAAUUUCCUCAAGAGUUUUUUUUUUCCAUGCAGCUUAUCAUGUUAUUGAGAAACCAUAACACAGAAACACUCUAUUAAAUAAAAUGUUCUGUUAUGAAGAAAAUAUGAAAUAAAUGUCCUGUACACCUUAA